AUGUCGACCCAGUACGGCGACCUUUUCGGGUCGCAGGCCGAAAUGGCCAACUUUGCCUAUGGGGAGCAGGGCGACCGAGAAAUGAUCCGACACGACCGCACCGGGAAGGUUGGUAGGCUGCUGAAAGACCGAGAGCGCAUGGCGGCGGCAGCGGAAAUCGCGAAGAGCGAAGUGGAAGCAGGCAAAAUGAAGAGAAGAAAGCUGCAGAUGGGAAGUACUAGAUAGGAUAAUGAAAGUUUGUCGUAUUCCUCAUGUCGACCCUGCUUUUACUGGUGGUUGUGCCGAUAGUACGUUGUAGGAGAUAAACACAUGAUUGCAAUAAAUUUCAGCACGUCGCAUCCAUACUUUGAAAAAUUUAUUCAUGUUGACAUACUAGUGUUCCUUCUACCUGCUGUUUCGCGUCUGCGUUUCACGGCGUAGAUGCUAUACAAGAACUCUUCGGCAUGAUAGCAAAACAUGAAAACAUAAACAGCCGAGGGCGCUGCGUUUGACACUUCCGCGGCCGACGUUCUGGAGGAGGAAUUUGCGAAGCAGACCGUCGGGCUGACAAGCAAGGAGGAGUUUCUCGAAAAGCGGAAGAACAUCGACGAAAUGAUCGAGAAGGCGCAGAAGGCGAAAAACCAGGAAAAAGUGGAGAAGAAAAUGAUUGUGCAGAAGGUAAAGAAAGCCGCGCUCAGCUUUAUCGACGACGAAGAUGAGGAGGAGGAGGAGGACGACGAGUCAGAGGAGAAUAGAAUCACCAGCGGAAAGAACGUAAAGCCAGGAGCUGCUGGUGCGACAUCAUCUUCAUCUGCGGUAGCUUCUUCUUCUUCUUCUGCGAAAAAAGACAACAACUCGCCGCCCCCGUUUGAAGCCGCCGAAAGUUACGGCGGGUCCAGACCCGGCUACGUUUUCAAGCUCGGCGAACUGGGUUUGGGUUACUACGCGGAUAGAUUACCACCGGUUGGAGGAGGAUCCUCGCCUGGAGGUAAAGAUACAGCUGGGGCGGCAACUUCGAAGGAGCAGACGUUUUGGCGCACGAAAAAGAACCCGACGGUGGACACUUCGUUCCUUCGGGACGAAGCGCGCGAGAAGAACCUGGAGCAGCGAAAGAAGCAACUCGCGCUGGAGUACCAGCAGCAGCAGGAGAAGGUGAAGAGAGAACUGGUGGACAUUGUGUACAGCUACUGGGACGGCAGCGGGCACCGGCGGUCACUCCAGAUCGAGCAGGGUGCCACGAUCGGGCAGUUUCUGAAGGUAGCAAGGCUCCAGCUGCUCGAAGACUUCGCCGCCCUACGCCACGUCGCGUCCGACGAGCUGCUGUAUGUGAAGGAGGAUCUGAUCCUGCCCCACAAGGUCAGCUUCUACGAACUGAUCCGCGACCAGGUCCGGGGGAAAUCGGGCCCGCUGUUCAGCUUCGACGCGACGGAGACAGUAACCGAGGCCGCCGACAUUCGCGUGCAGCGCAACGACUCGCACGCGGGCAAAAUCGUGCAGCGGGCCUGGUACGAGCAAAACAAGCACGUGUUUCCCCAGAAGCGGUGGGAAAUCUACGACCCGCAGGUGUCGUACGGCACCUACUCGGUGAAGGGCAACGCCAACAAGUACAAGCGGCUCCACCAGGACUUGGUCGCGCCAAAGAGUUCCUCGGUGAUCGGAUCGGGGGCCGGCAUUUUCUCGGGCGGGGGAACAGACUCUGCCGCGAACAUGAAUCCAAAAAGCAGCGACGCCGCCAGGAUGACCAACUGAGAGGAAAAAUAUUCAAGUUGGAACUCUUCGUUGCUCUUCUUUGUUUUAUAUAUACAUCUUUUAGUCAAGUAUACGACCGACACACCUCUUGUUCGAGUUAUCGAAAAACAAAAAGGCUUGCUGACAGUGCCAGUGGCGC